UAAUCUUACUAGUCAAUUAGUACGUAAUUAGUUACCCAAGAGGCUGUACUCCGAAAAUGCUUUACAUAUUGUUAAUUAUUGUGUUGUCCCUGGUGUUUUUGCACCUAUAUGUCACCUACAACAAGGAUGCGAGACUCCUGAUGAAGGUGCCCGGAAGGAAGAACAAGUUUCUCAUCGGGAAUGCCUUGGAAAUAUUUGUACCACCAGAAAAACUCAUUGAUAUGAGGUCUGGAUAUGCCAAACAAUUCAAUGGAAUAUAUAGGUUCUACUCGUACCCAUUUAAAUUUGUAUGUAUAUACAAUCCGCAAGAUAUAGAGAUAAUAUUGUCUGGUAUGAAAUUUUCUGAGAAAUCUUUCUUGUAUAAUUUCAUCAAACCUUGGUUGGCAGAGGGGCUGCUUCUCAGUAAGGGUGCAAAAUGGCAAAAACGCAGAAAGAUUCUGACACCUGCCUUCCAUUUUGAUAUUCUUCGUCAAUUCCAUGUUACCAUGGAGGAGAACAGUAAACAAUUGACCGAAACCCUGGAGAACGUUCCGGAGAAAGCUGACAUCGUACCUAUUAUGACUAACUAUACACUGAACACUAUCUGUGAAACCGCAAUGGGUACAAAGCUAUCAGACGAAACCUCAGCUGCAGGGAUGUCAUAUAAAAAUGCUAUACUUACUCUUGGGAAUAUAUUUGCGCAACGUUUUAUUAAAGUUUAUUUAUUUGUCGACUUCAUAUAUAAUUUGACUUCACUGAAAAGUCUACAAAAGAAGUAUGUAGAUAUCGUGCAAGCAUUCACGGCAAAUGUUAUUGAAAAUCGAAAGAAAAACUUAGAUCAGCAAAUUAAUAUAAAAAAUAAUAAAACAGAAGAGGACGAUAUUUAUAACAAAAAGAAAAAGGCUGCUUUCUUAGAUUUACUAUUGGCUGCUGAAAAUAAUGGACAAAUUGACAGAGCCGGAGUACAAGAGGAAGUUGACACAUUCAUGUUUGAGGGUCACGACACGACAUCAGCUGGACUUUCAUUUUUAGCUCUGAUGCUUGCAAACCAUCAAGACGCGCAGCAAAAAGUAUACGAAGAAAUGCAGAGCAUAUUUGGUGAUUCUACAAGAGUAGCUACCACUGAUGAUUUGGCCCAAAUGAAAUAUUUGGAACUUUGCAUCAAAGAGUCUUUAAGGCUAUACCCUCCAGUUCACUUCAUAGCGCGAGCUUUAAAUGAAAGUGUAAAAUUAAGUAAUUAUACGAUACCAGCUGGUACUAAUUGCUUAAUACAAAUAUUUGAUCUUCAUCGUCGUGAGGAUUUAUUUAAAAAUGCCAAUGAUUUUAUACCUGAAAGAUUUUUACCUGAAAACAGUGUUGGCAGACAUCCAUACUCUUACGUACCUUUCAGUGCUGGACCUAGAAAUUGUAUAGGUCAAAAAUUCGCAAUGAUGGAAAUGAAAUCAGCAAUGUCGGCGGUGAUCCGGCGUUACAGACUUGAAGCAAUAACCAAACCAGAAGACGUCAGAUUCGCGGGCGAUCUCAUACUGAGAUCCAUUGACCCCAUUUACAUGAAGAUUAUUAAAAGAAAUUAAUUGUAUUUGGCACGUUUUAUGGUCAAUAUUAUUUAUAAAAU